CUCUCAGACACAGAGUUACCAAGCGCUUGAGGAAAACGAGAACCCCCUGGCUACUUCUCCCCUACCCAGAGGCUUGCCUAAGCCUUGGCCCAGGAAUGAAGUCAUGCGGAGCCCAGAAUAGCUUCUGCUGAGCUGCGUGGCCGGGUCAGGCUCAGCUCAGGGACACAGAGACCCUCUCCCUCCACCUGUCCGUGUUUCCCUCCUCCUCUCCCUCUGUCUGCCUCUGACCCCCUGCCCCUCCUUCCCCCACUCCUCUUCCCACAUGCUCAUACUCUGUCCUCAUGAGCUGGUCCCCAGGAGAGUGCAGGGGGCAGGGAGAACCCCCCAGUGACAGACAUGCCCUCUGUGCCAGGCUGGUGGAGAAGCCCGACAGAGGGUCUGCAGAACACCCGGAGUCUGGCCCGGGAGCCAUCAUCACCCGGACGGCCUCGGGACCUGCCCUGGCCUACUGGCAGGCAGUGCUGGCUGGGGACGUGGGCUCGGUCUCCCGCAUCCUCGCCGACUCCGGCAAUGGCCUGGCUCCAGAUUCCAUCUUUGAUACCAGCGACCCAGAGCGAUGGAGGGAUUUCCGCUUCAACAUCCGCGCUCUGAGACUCUGGUCUCUGACGUACGAAGAGGAGCUGACCACGCCGCUGCACGUGGCCGCGAGCCGGGGCCACACGGAAGUUCUGCAGCUGCUGCUGAGGCGACGGGCAAGGCCAGACAGCGCCCCUGGGGGCCGCACCGCCCUGCACGAGGCCUGUGCUGCGGGCCACGCUGCCUGCGUCCACGUGCUGCUGGUGGCAGGAGCCGACCCCAACAUCCCCGACCAGGAUGGGAAACUCCCCUUGCACCUCUGCCAGGGGGCCGGCUCCCUUGAGUGUGCAGAACUGCUCCUGAGGUUUGGGGCGAAAGUGGAUGGUCGGUCUGAGGAGGAGGAGGAGACCCCCUUGCAUGUGGCUGCCCGGCUGGGCCACGUGGAGCUGGCAGACCUGCUUCUGAGACGGGGGGCAUGCCCUAAUGCCCGUAAUGCCGAAGGCUCGACCCCACUGCUGGCUGUCUGUGACGUCCGCUGCAUGUCCCCCGCCGAUGCCGAGACCACCACCGCCCGUUGCCUCCAGCUUUGCCGUCUGCUGCUCUCGGCCGGAGCCGAUGCCGAUGCCGCUGACCAGGACAAGCGACGGCCCCUGCACCUGGCCUGUCGCCGCGGCCAUGCGACUGUCGUGGAGCUGCUCCUAUCCUGCGGCGUCAGCGCCAACGCCAUGGACUAUGGGGGACACACGGCCCUGCACUGCGCUCUGCAGGGCCCAGCUGCGGCCCUGGCCCAGAGCCCAGAGCACACAGUGCGAGCUCUGCUCAACCACGGUGCUGUCCGUGUCUGGCCUGGGGCCCUCCCGAAGGUGCUGGAGCGCUGGUGCGAGUCUCCAAGGACCAUUGAGGUCCUGAUGAACACCUACAGUACCAUGCAGCUUCCCGAGGAGGCCAUGGCCCUGGUGCCUCUUGAAACACUGCAGAAGCACCACCGUUUCUAUUGCUCCCUUUUCGCCUUGGUGAGACAGCCCAGAUCGCUGCAGCAUCUGAGCCGCUGUGCGCUCCGUGCUCACCUGGCAGCCUGCCUGCCCCACGCCCUGCCCCGUCUACCCCUGCCACCCCGCCUGCUCCGCUACCUGCAGCUGGAUUUUGAGGACGUGCUCUAUUAGAUGUCUGUCCACUGCCUUUUGAGAGACCUGAAAGCAGAUGCCCCAGGGGGCUCCGGUCUACUGCUCACAGCACCCUCAACCCAGGCCUGAGUUGAACUGCCUCGGGCCGAGGUGGCUCUGUCAGCAGGAGGUCCAGCUCCUCAGGCAGAUGUGGACGCUGCCAUUCCCACCAGGGAGAGGGGCAGGCGGACCAUGGAGCCAGCUGAUGUCUGAUGGAGAGACAGCUGGGACUCGUGGCAAGUGAUGCACUCCUUGGUGGUGGUCUGAGGCACCCUUCCAGCCCAUCCAAACCCUGUAUGAGCAUUAAAAAUCUGCAGGCCUGUGUUGUUUGGUGCUGUCUCCAACAGGCCUUCCUCCGAGCUGGUCACUCAGGGGACUCAUGAUGGGCAGACUUAUGCCCCCCCCGAUCUGCCCCAUGGCGCCAAAGAUGUCAUUGUCCCCCUUUGGCAUCUACCAGCUGUUGAGCCGUCCCAGGCAGACUUGCCCCGCCGGUUCAUGAUGUGGCACAAGGGCCACCAGGUGAGACAGUGUCAGCACAGCCAGCCAGAGGAUGGGUGAGCAAACAGGCUUGAGUAGGGAAGAGUUGCUGCAGGAAUGAGGCAGUGCGGACGGUGGGACAGGAUGGGAAAGGCAGCCCUGGGGUAGAAAGGUGAGAAGAAGAGCAAGAAGGCCAAUGAAAAAUGGGUGCAGGUGUCAGCUAUCGAGGAGGGUAACCGUGUUCAGGUGAGAGUGGAAGAUUCAGGUUUGGAAAAAACAACUCUAGCUACUGCCCAUCUUAUAAGUCAGGGAGAACCAGACGCAUACCCGGUCCCUGCGUCUCUUGGAGUUAACUAUGUGGCAGCAUGGGGCGCCUGGGUGGCACAGCGGUUAAGGGUCUGCCUUCGGCUC